UAUUUAUUUACGAAGUCAGAUCUGGCAAACCGAGCUAGGAAGUAUCAUCCCGAACUGGGCAGCUCUUUGGAUCUUCUGCGGGCCGUGAAGAGAUUUUCUGGCUAACUGGAUCUUUCACCGGCUUUGUCAGCCUAACUCCAAAGGUUGGAAAACACUGUGAAGACCCCAAUUCCUUUGGAAGAAGAAACCGGGAAAUAGUGUACCAAGGCAGGAUUUAAACUUACUCUGCGGAAAGGCAGGUUGGGCAGUGGGAGGCACAGGGUCUGACUCUGUAUCAUGCUGGUAAUGAGUUACAAGAAGAGCGAUUGCUUGGCUACCUGAGAUGCAGUUACCUGCCUUGGUGCUGUUCCUAACUCACCUGCUUUCUGCCUGCUUCCCCCUUGCAACGUCACUGAACUCUGUCAGUUGCUCACCGGGCCUGGGCUGUCGGCUAAAAAAGACAGAUGUUCUAUGCAUGCCUGGUGAAGCCGAAUCAGAUCCAGAACUAGAUCCCAUCCUGGGGCUGAUUCAGAUGAACUCAAGGAACACCCUUUGGUGCCCGGAGGAAGGAGAUUGCAUUCCCUGCGUGCAAGUGACAUUAACUCUUGGAUUGCUGGAGCCACCUGCGUUGGGUGCAAAUCAAGAUGGCGUAGCUAACAAGAUCAGAGAGCAGCCUAAAAAAAUCCCACGGACGCACAUUUUGCUCAUGGCCAAGACACAUUCUUCUCGCUGUGUUGAAGUGGAGGUUUGGCUUCCCUACGAUUGGGAAAGUCAGAAUACUUCCUUGUGGUCCCUGCAGUACAACUGCUUCCCAGUAGCUCUCAGUGGGGAGCUGCAUCUCAGAGUCUUCACGUGGCCUCGUUAUCGUUCUGCAGGUGUGUUACAACUCACGCACCAUGGACCAGACUGUACCUGGCCCAAAGCCACAGAUGCCAUUCACCUGUGCCAAGUGCCAAGUUUAUCCAUUUCUGUGGGACUACAGUCAGCGAUUCUACAUGUGGAAAACAUCCCUAAGGGACAACAAUUCAAAUUGUGGCUCUAUCUGAAUCGGACGGUCGGAUUUAUAGGUUUUGAUCAGGCGACUCCCAGGUUGCUGGCUGGAUCGGAGAAUGUGACUUUACCAAUCUCGCAGGUGUAUCCUUGUCUCUGCUUUCAGAUCUGGCCCAAUAUUGAAGACCAAGCUGACACACCUCGAACUCAUCUCUGUCCCUUUGCAAAUGACCCAACAGCUUUGGCCGCGGCCUGGACAAACAGCCUCUUGGAAGUUAACGCUACUGGUGGGAGUUUGAGCUGCUUGGUUUCUGCUCAGUGUGACCUUCAAGGAGAGCUGGUUCCCUGCUGGCAGAUGGAAGAUCUUGCCUGCCAACCUCUGCAUCCCCAUCUGCAUCUGGUCCUCAUUCCAGAUGAAACACAGGAGUUCCCAAGACUGCGACCUCAUCCCAACCUCUGUGUGCAGGUAAGAAGGAAUGGAAGUACCUACCUCCAAAGCUGCCUGCAGGAUGAUGUCACAAGAAGUCAGAAAUACUCACUGUUUCAGGAGAUUCAGGAUUCCCAGGGGAAUUCCUUAGUUCAAAUUAUGGAGCAAGGCACCUGGGCCUCCACUGCCAAGGUCUUCAAUACAAGAAGAAGAACAUUGGAGGAAGACUUGAGGAGCAGAAUACAGUUAGGGAAGUGCACACAGAUAUGGCAAGAAGAAGGGACCAAUAUUACUCUACUCUGGGCAUGUUCAGUGGAUCAUUAUCCCAGGACCUACUGGGUGCUGAUCUGGUUGGUCACUCUCCUAGGUAGCUGCUCUGUUCUGCUCAUGUUCCUGGUCAAGAAAGAAGCAGUAAAAGGCUGGUUCAAGAUCCUGAAAGAAGAUUACCGUUCCAGAGGAAUGCUUGAGGGACAACAGGUCCUCAUUCUCUACUCUCCAGAUCACGAAGGCUAUGAGCGUGUGGUGGGCAUCCUGGCAGAUGCCCUGACUCAGUUGAAAGUCUCUGUAUCCUUGGAGUUGUGGAGCCGUGGGGAGCUGGGAUCUCUGGGGCCUAUGCAGUGGUUCCAUGCACAGCGACGCUUGGUCCUUCAAGAAGGCGGAGUUAUUGUGCUGCUGUUUUCCCAUGAUGCCGUGGCCAGUUGUGCAGAAUGGCUGGGCUGGAAACAGAACUUCCCUCGGUCCACCUUCAAACCAGACAGCACUUUCUUGGCUUCCCUCAACUGCGUCCUGCCUGAUUUCUUGGCUGGUGAGGCCAGGGCCAGAUACAUUGUCGGCUGCUUUGAGGAGCUUCUUCCAGUCAAUGAGAUCCCUGACCUCUUCCGUUCAGUGCCUGUCUAUCCUCUGCCCUCUCAGCUCUUUAGCUUCCUGCUGGCCUUGGCUGGCCCCAGGGUAGGACACAAGCAGAAGAACAGCUUCAGGAGACAGGCAGAGUGCAUCCACAAGAGCCUGGAACAGGCAGUGCAUGAAUGCCAGCAAAAGUACCCCACCUAGUGGAACCUGUAAUUGCUGCUUUCUCAUCAAGAGGAUAAGCAGAGUAAAUGCAUUCUAUCACCAUCCUUGAGGAAUCAGACUUUCAGAAGUGAGCUGGUAAAAGUGCACCUGAGUGUAGUUCUUCCAACAAGUCAGAGUGGCCAGUCUGUUCCUGUAAUUUGGAAAGAGGCCUGUGAUGGUGUAACAAGACUCAAUCAUGGAUGGGAACUUGUUUUGCAUAGCGGUUCAAGUGAGAGGUACCUGUUUAAGCGGAGGUAAGGAGCUUGUCAUCGUAUUACUGAAUGGUAACUAGCCAAUAUAUGAAGGGAGACCAUCCGUAGAUCCAGAAUGGAGGAUCUCUCACCUUCAUGCUUUGCUUUGGUGCUCCCUUGAGGCAACUGCUUGGCCAGCAAAAUGCAAUAAUGAUAAAAGCUAGAAAUACUCAAAUCACUGUGGUGCAGAGCAUUUCAUGAAAUUAGCUUCUCAGAGCUUGUCUUGUGAAGUCUCCCCAUGGCUUGGUUUUGAUGGAAGUGUCUUCAGGGUAUGCACUUAUAUCUCCGACGGUUAGGAAAACAUCUCACAAUGGUGACACUGAACUUUGGACUGAUACGGCUACCUCAGCAAGUUUGGAAGGAUGUGGUUGCUGGUUUCCAGAAGGUUCCUUCAGAUGGUUUGCACAGCUUUUAUUUAAAAAUGAAAAGGGCUUUGGACACAAUCUCCGCCUUUUAUCAGGAUCUCAUCCUCACAUCCUGCUUGCCAUAAUGUCUGCAUUACUAAAUGUUUUAGAGAGACCUCUGCCACAGACCUCUGCUGAGGUGGCCUAGAAUCAUCUGUGGAAGUGGUGUUUCCCUCAUCCUGACACAAAACUUUCCAUAAGGACAAUUUGGGAUGUAUCAGGGAAGAGUUUAGAGAUGAUGAGUCAUUGAGAGUGAUUUGCUCCAAGUCAGCUCCUUCCCUGCCCAGUGCGUGGGUCCCGUACCUCCACUGUACCGGCCACUUUGUCUUUGGUUGGAGGGGACAGACUAGACACUUGGUGUGUGUGAGAAAAGUUUUCUUUUAUUUAUUUUGUGGAUGUUUUUUUAUUGUUUUAAAGUCUUUUCAAUUGUUUGAAUUGUUUUAGCCACCCAGAAUCACUUGGCUGAGUUGUGUGGCUAUAGAAAUGGAAUAAAACAAACCAAAAACAAAGUUUCCUUGAAGA